GCAGGCGCAUCAAGUUGGGUUGCGCAGGAGGAGGGGGAACUGGUGCUGGAGAGACAGCGAGAGGGGCGAACCGGCCCCCCACGGCCGCUGCAGGACUUCCACCAUCUUCCUCUGAAGACCUAGCCAUCUUGUUCCAUGAAGGUCAGGACAAUCUGACAUGCACAUGUUACUUGCCUCUUUACUUGAAGAUUAAUCCUUUUUCCAUUGUGUACAUUUUUCCCUUCCCCAGAACUUGGAGAAACAGCAUCCAUUACUUUCCCAAGAUGGCAGACCCCAUCAUGGACCUGUUUGAUGACCCAAAUUUAUUUGGCCUGGACUCUCUGACUGAUGACAGCUUUAACCAGGUCACCCAAGACCCCAUUGAGGAAGCACUUGGACUGCCAAGCUCUCUGGACUCCUUGGACCAGAUGAACCAGGAUGGUGGAAGUGGUGAUGUGGGGAAUCCAUCAGCAAGUGACCUGGUCCCCCCACCAGAGGAAACAACCCCCACAGACCUUCCCAAAGAAUCCGCAGCUCCAGCUCCUGAAUCUUUAACCUUGCAUGAUUAUACCACUCAGCCCGCCAGCCAGGAGCAGCCAGCCCAACCUGUCUUACAGACAUCGACGCCAACGUCGGGACUUUUGCAGGUCUCCAAGAGCCAGGAGAUCCUGAGCCAGGGGAAUCCUUUCAUGGGUGUCUCUGCUACAGCUGUUCCCUCUAGUACCACUGGAGGACAGCCACCUCAGUCAGCCCCUAAGAUUGUUAUUCUUAAGGCCCCACCAAGCUCCUCAGUCACUGGUGCCCAUGUGGCACAAAUUCAGGCCCAAGGUAUCACCAGCACAACUCAGCCCUUGGUGGCUGGCACAGCCAAUGGUGGAAAAGUCACUUUUACCAAAGUGCUAACUGGCACACCCCUUCGACAAGGUGUCUCCAUUGUCUCUGGUAAUACAGUGUUGGCCGCCAAGGUCCCUGGGAACCAGGCUGCUGUUCAGCGCAUUGUCCAGCCCAGCCGACCAGUAAAGCAGCUGGUCCUCCAGCCAGUGAAGGGUUCAGCUCCUGCUGGAAACCCUGGGGCCACAGGGCCCCCUCUGAAGCCUGCAGUUACACUGACCUCUACACCUACCCAGGGUGAAUCGAAACGCAUCACCCUGGUCCUCCAGCAGCCACAGUCUGGAGGUCCCCAAGGACAUCGGCAUGUUGUGCUAGGGAGCCUACCAGGCAAGAUAGUAUUACAGGGCAACCAGUUGGCAGCCCUAACUCAAGCCAAGAAUGCCCAGGGGCAGCCAGCCAAAGUAGUAACUAUCCAGCUGCAGGUGCAACAGCCACAGCAAAAAAUCCAGAUUGUACCACAACCUCCAUCUUCGCAACCACAGCCCCAACAGCCACCUGCAACCCAGCCACUGACUCUGUCCUCUGUGCAGCAGGCUCAGAUCAUGGGACCAGGACAAAGUCCAGGACAAAGACUUUCAGUGCCACUCAAGAUGGUGCUGCAGCCACAGGCUGGCUCUUCCCAAGGGGCCUCUUCUGGGCUCUCUGUAGUUAAAGUUCUAAGUGCCAGUGAAGUGGCAGCUCUGUCAUCACCAGCAAACUCUGCUCCUCACACGGGAAAGACAGGAAUGGAGGAAAACCGAAGGUUGGAGCACCAGAAGAAGCAAGAGAAAGCAAAUCGGAUUGUAGCAGAGGCCAUCGCUAGGGCUCGUGCCCGGGGUGAGCAGAACAUACCUCGUGUCCUGAAUGAGGACGAGUUGCCCAGUGUUCGACCUGAGGAGGAAGGUGAGAAGAAACGUAGGAAGAAGAGCACUGGGGAGAGGCUGAAGGAAGAAAAGCCAAAGAAAAGCAAAACAUCUGGAGCCUCCAAAACAAAGGGCAAGAGUAAACUCAACACCAUCACUCCUGUAGUGGGUAAGAAGAGAAAACGUAAUACCUCAUCUGAUAAUUCAGAUGUGGAAGUCAUGCCUGCACAAUCACCCCGGGAAGAUGAAGAAAGCAGCAUUCAGAAGAGACGCUCCAAUCGCCAAGUUAAGCGAAAAAAAUACACUGAGGACCUAGAUAUAAAAAUCACAGAUGAUGAAGAAGAAGAAGAGGUAGAUGUAACUGGUCCAAUAAAACCUGAGCCUAUCCUCCCUGAACCUGUGCAAGAACCAGAUGGGGAGACUUUGCCUUCCAUGCAGUUCUUUGUGGAGAAUCCCAGUGAAGAAGAUGCAGCCAUUGUAGACAAAGUGCUUUCUAUGCGGGUUGUGAAGAAAGAGCUUCCUUCUGGACAAUACACUGAAGCUGAAGAAUUCUUUGUCAAGUACAAGAACUACUCCUAUCUGCACUGUGAAUGGGCCACGAUCUCCCAGCUAGAGAAAGAUAAGAGGAUUCAUCAGAAACUAAAACGCUUCAAAACCAAAAUGGCACAGAUGAGACACUUCUUCCAUGAGGAUGAAGAGCCCUUUAAUCCAGACUACGUAGAGGUGGAUAGGAUAUUAGAUGAGUCUCACAGUAUUGACAAGGACAAUGGAGAGCCUGUAAUUUACUACUUGGUGAAAUGGUGCUCUCUGCCCUAUGAGGAUAGUACAUGGGAGCUAAAAGAGGAUGUUGAUGAGGGCAAGAUUAGAGAAUUUAAGCGGAUCCAGUCAAGGCACCCAGAACUCAAAAGAAUGAAUCGCCCUCAGGCGAGUGCCUGGAAGAAGUUGGAGCUAUCACAUGAAUAUAAAAACAGAAACCAGUUACGGGAAUAUCAGUUGGAAGGGGUCAAUUGGCUGCUUUUUAACUGGUAUAACAGGCAGAACUGCAUCCUGGCUGAUGAAAUGGGACUGGGCAAAACUAUUCAGUCCAUUGCCUUCUUGCAGGAGGUAUAUAAUGUGGGCAUCCAUGGCCCCUUCUUAGUCAUUGCCCCUCUGUCAACAAUCACUAACUGGGAGCGAGAAUUUAAUACGUGGACAGAGAUGAACACUAUUGUGUACCAUGGCAGUCUGGCCAGCCGGCAGAUGAUUCAGCAGUAUGAAAUGUACUGCAAAGAUUCACGGGGGCGUCUCAUCCCGGGUGCAUACAAAUUUGAUGCCCUGAUCACCACUUUUGAGAUGAUCUUGUCAGACUGUCCUGAGCUCCGUGAGAUUGAAUGGCGUUGUGUCAUCAUUGAUGAGGCCCAUCGACUGAAGAACCGUAAUUGCAAGCUGCUUGAUAGUCUCAAGCACAUGGACCUGGAACACAAAGUGUUACUCACAGGAACACCACUGCAGAAUACUGUGGAGGAACUGUUUAGUUUACUUCAUUUCUUGGAACCUUCACAGUUUCCUUCAGAAUCAGAAUUCCUCAAGGACUUUGGGGAUCUCAAGACAGAAGAACAGGUUCAAAAGCUACAGGCCAUUCUCAAGCCAAUGAUGCUGAGAAGGCUUAAAGAAGAUGUUGAAAAAAACUUGGCACCCAAACAGGAAACUAUUAUUGAAGUAGAGCUGACUAAUAUCCAGAAGAAAUACUAUAGGGCUAUUUUGGAGAAGAAUUUCUCCUUCUUGUCCAAAGGAGCAGGUCACACCAACAUGCCAAAUCUUCUCAACACAAUGAUGGAGUUGCGAAAGUGCUGCAACCACCCGUAUCUCAUCAAUGGUGCAGAAGAAAAAAUCCUAACUGAAUUUCGGGAAGCUUGCCAUAUUAUACCUCAUGACUUCCAUCUGCAGGCCAUGGUUCGUUCAGCUGGCAAGUUGGUUCUUAUUGACAAGCUACUUCCAAAACUUAAAGCUGGUGGCCAUAAAGUGCUGAUCUUCUCCCAGAUGGUACGCUGCUUAGAUAUCUUAGAGGAUUAUCUAAUCCAGAGAAGGUACUUAUAUGAACGUAUUGAUGGGAGGGUUAGAGGCAACCUCCGACAGGCUGCUAUUGACCGCUUCAGCAAGCCUGACUCAGACCGCUUUGUCUUCUUGUUGUGCACCCGUGCUGGUGGACUUGGUAUUAAUCUUACUGCUGCUGAUACAUGCAUCAUUUUUGAUUCAGACUGGAAUCCACAAAAUGACCUCCAGGCCCAAGCACGAUGUCAUAGAAUUGGACAGAGCAAAGCUGUAAAAGUAUACCGUCUCAUCACUCGUAAUUCCUAUGAGAGAGAGAUGUUUGAUAAGGCUAGCCUCAAGUUGGGAUUGGAUAAGGCUGUACUUCAAUCCAUGAGUGGUCGGGAUGGCAACAUUACUGGAAUCCAACAAUUCUCCAAGAAGGAAAUUGAAGAUCUCUUAAGAAAAGGAGCAUAUGCAGCAAUAAUGGAAGAAGAUGAUGAGGGCUCCAAGUUUUGUGAAGAAGACAUUGACCAAAUCUUGUUAAGACGAACUACAACUAUCACCAUUGAAUCUGAAGGAAAAGGUUCUACCUUUGCCAAGGCAAGCUUUGUUGCUUCUGAAAAUAGAACAGACAUUUCUCUGGAUGACCCCAACUUUUGGCAAAAGUGGGCCAAAAAGGCUGACCUAGACAUGGAUCUGCUGAAUAGCAAGAACAAUUUGGUGAUUGACACACCUAGAGUACGAAAACAGACCCGCCACUUUAGCACGCUGAAAGAUGACGACCUAGUAGAGUUCUCUGAUUUGGAAAGUGAGGAUGAUGAGCGGCCACGCUCCCGAAGACAUGACCGGCAUCAUGCCUAUGGGCGCACUGACUGCUUUCGGGUGGAAAAACACCUGCUGGUAUAUGGUUGGGGACGAUGGCGAGAUAUUUUGUCUCAUGGACGCUUUAAGCGACGUAUGACUGAACGAGAUGUGGAGACAAUUUGCCGGGCCAUCCUUGUCUACUGUCUUCUACACUACCGUGGGGAUGAAAAUAUCAAAGGCUUCAUUUGGGACUUGAUUAGCCCCGCUGAGAAUGGCAAAACCAAAGAAUUGCAAAAUCAUUCAGUCUUUGAUGUCUCCCCUUUCCCAGGUCUAUCUAUCCCUGUGCCCCGUGGACGCAAAGGGAAAAAAGUAAAGUCACAAAGUACUUUUGAUAUCCAUAAGGCAGACUGGAUCCGAAAGUAUAACCCUGACACUUUGUUCCAAGAUGAGAGUUACAAGAAGCACUUGAAACAUCAGUGUAACAAGGUACUGUUGAGGGUACGAAUGCUAUACUACCUGAGGCAAGAGGUUAUUGGAGACCAAGCAGAGAAGGUGUUAGGGGGUGCCAUUGCCAGUGAGAUUGACAUAUGGUUCCCGGUAGUGGAUCAGCUGGAAGUUCCAACAACAUGGUGGGACAGUGAGGCUGAUAAAUCCCUCCUCAUUGGAGUCUUUAAGCAUGGCUAUGAGAAAUACAAUACUAUGAGGGCAGAUCCAGCCUUAUGCUUCCUAGAAAAGGCUGGCCGGCCAGAUGAUAAAGCCAUUGCAGCAGAACAUCGAGUGUUGGAUAAUUUCUCUGACAUAGUAGAAGGGGUUGACUUUGAUAAGGAUUGUGAGGAUCCUGAAUAUAAACCACUCCAGGGUCCACCGAAGGACCAAGAUGAUGAGGGUGAUCCCUUGAUGAUGAUGGAUGAGGAGAUCUCAGUGAUUGAUGGAGAUGAAGCCCAGGUGACCCAACAGCCAGGCCAUCUAUUCUGGCCUCCAGGCUCUGCCCUAACAGCUAGGCUCCGGCGCCUUGUAACAGCCUAUCAGCGCAGCUACAAGAGAGAACAGAUGAAGAUAGAGGCUGCAGAACGUGGGGAUCGGCGACGGCGGCGUUGUGAAGCAGCCUUCAAGCUAAAAGAAAUUGCACGACGUGAGAAACAACAACGAUGGACAAGGCGUGAACAAACGGAUUUCUAUCGAGUAGUGUCUACCUUUGGUGUGGAAUAUGACCCUGACACCAUGCAGUUCCAUUGGGAUCGCUUCCGCACUUUUGCCCGACUAGACAAAAAAACAGAUGAAAGCCUUACCAAGUAUUUCCAUGGCUUUGUGGCCAUGUGCCGCCAAGUGUGCCGCCUGCCCCCAGCAGCUGGAGAUGAACCCCCAGACCCUAAUCUGUUCAUUGAGCCCAUCACUGAGGAGAGGGCCUCACGGACUCUUUACCGUAUUGAAUUGCUUCGACGCUUAAGGGAACAAGUUCUGUGUCACCCUCUUUUGGAAGAUCGGCUGGCAUUGUGUCAGCCCCCAGGUCCUGAAUUGCCCAAAUGGUGGGAGCCUGUUCGGCAUGAUGGGGAGCUACUACGAGGGGCAGCCCGCCAUGGGGUGAGCCAAACAGACUGCAACAUCAUGCAGGACCCAGACUUCUCUUUUCUGGCUGCCCGUAUGAAUUACAUGCAGAACCAUCAGGCAGGAGCACCAGCUCCAUCCCUGUCACGCUGCUCUACUCCACUGCUACACCAGCAGUAUACCUCACGCACUGCCUCACCGUUGCCCCUGCGCCCAGAUGCUCCUGUCGAAAAGUCACCUGAGGAGACAGCUGCCCAGGUCCCCAGUCUGGAGAGUCUGACUUUAAAGCUAGAACAUGAGGUGGUGGCCAGGAGCCGACCAACCCCACAAGACUAUGAGGUGCGAGUGGCCCCCUCUGAUACUACCCCUUUGGUUUCCCGGAAUAUUCCGCCAGUCAAACUGGAGGAUGAGGAUGAUUCAGACUCUGAGCUGGACUUGAGCAAGCUGUCACCAUCAUCCUCUUCUUCCUCAUCCUCAUCCAGCUCCAGCUCCAGCACUGAUGAGAGUGAGGACGAGAAGGAAGAGAAGCUAACUGCGGACCAUUCCCGCUCAAAGCUCUAUGAUGAAGAGAGUCUCCUGUCUCUUACUAUGUCCCAAGAUGGAUUCCCAAAUGAAGAUGGUGAACAAAUGACUCCUGAGCUUUUGCUGCUGCAGGAAAGACAAAGAGCUUCUGAGUGGCCCAAGGAUCGUGUCCUGAUAAACCGUAUUGACCUCAUCUGCCAGGCUGUACUCUCAGGGAAGUGGCCUUCUAGCCGCAGGAACCAGGAAAUGAUCACAGGAGGAAUUUUGGGGCCAGCCAACCACUUGCUAGAGAGUCCCUCAUUGACCCCUGGAGAAUAUGGUGAUUCUCCAGUCCCCACACCACGGAGCAGCAGUGCAGCUUCCAUGGCUGAGGAGGAAGCAUCUGCAGUAACCACAGCAGCAGCCCAAUUCACCAAACUUCGCCGAGGCAUGGAUGAGAAGGAGUUUACGGUUCAGAUCAAAGAUGAGGAAGGAUUAAAGUGGUCACCAUGCUGAAACUGUGUUCAACCGGGUUUUGCCAGGGCCUAUUGCACCAGAGAGCAGCAAGAAGCGGGCCCGCAGGACGCGACCAGACCUUUCUAAGAUGAUGGCCCUGAUGCAGGGAGGAGGCACUGGGUCCUUAUCUCUACAUAACACCUUCCAACACAGCAGUGGUGGCCUACAGUCUGUGUCAUCUCUGGGUCACAGCAGUGCCACUUCUGCAUCUUUGCCUUUUAUGCCAUUUGUGAUGGGUGGUGCAGCAUCAUCCCCUCAUGUAGACUCCAGCACCAUGCUUCAUCACCACCACCACCACCCCCACCCCCACCAUCACCACCAUCACCAUCCAGGCUUGAGAGCCACUGGCUACCCCUCUUCACCAGCGACUACCACCUCUGGUACUGCCUUGCGGUUGCCAUCACUGCAACCUGAGGAGGAUGACGACGACGAGGAUGAGGAAGAUGAUGAUGAUUUAUCUCAGGGCUAUGAUAGCUCAGAAAGGGACUUCUCACUCAUUGAUGACCCUAUGAUGCCAGCCAACUCAGACUCCAGUGAAGAUGCUGAUGACUGAAGCCUCAGCAUGGUCCCCAUUGCUUGGGUGGCUGCUGUAUUUUCAUUUACUCUGGCCCUUGGACUAUGAAGAAAUGGGAGGGGCAGGGGAGAUGUGGGGAAACCCAGGACUCCAGGAGGUGGAAAGGGAAAAAAAUCAAAACAAAAAAAAAAACCUGUACCUGAUUGCUCCCAAUUUUGAGAGGAUCGGGUGGGCAGGGGAACUCCUAAAAUAAUACAUGACCACUUCCUCGUUGCUGGGGAAGGAAAGGAGACUAGAGCUGCUGGUGCGCUCACCCCUCCCUAGACACCUCCAUUAACCACAGACUAUGUAGCGCUGGCCCUCGCCUCUGGCAGAGCCUGUUCCUGGCCGAACUGUGGAUACAGCUGGAGGGUCAGGAACUGUUACCUUCCUUCCCCUUGGCAUUAAUAAAUUUAAGUUAAUCCUUU